AUGCACAACCACUACCACUACAACACCUACAAGUACAUCAACUCCCUCUACACCUGCACCUCCAACAUCAACAACUACAACCACGCAAACACCCUCGACAACUGUUCAGACAUCGUUGUCAACUUCAACAACUACAUCAGGUACAAGUACUGUACCCACCCCAGCACCCUGUACCUGUCAGUGAGUACGCUGCUGCGGACCAUGCACAACCACCACCACUACAACACCUACAAGUACAUCAACUCCCUCGACACCUACAACUCCAACAUCAACAACAACUACAACCACACAAACACCCUCGACAACUGUACCGAUGUCGUCGUCAACUUCAACAACUACAUCAGGUACAAGUACUGUACCCACCCCAGCACCCUGUACCUAAACCAAGGGCUCCAUAAAAUUUGCUUUGAUUAUGAAAUUCGAGUGCAGUGUUGUGGCCCCUGUCCAUCAACUACAACAAUGACAUCUCCACCAUCAACAACACCAACAACAUCCACAACUACCCCCACGACCAAAACGAAAACAUCCACGACAUCUUCCAGCACAGAACCUUCUACACCACCCUGUUUUGAGCCGUUGAGCUGUCAGUGGUCUGACUGGAUUGAUCGCAGUGGCCCGUCACCUGGCCCUAAUGGAGGAGACACUGAAUCAGUUUCUCAACUCAUAAAUUCCGGACAUGGUUGUACACAGUCAAAAAUAAUUUCAGAUGUUGAGUGCAGAGCGAAGAGGUAUCCAACAUUGUCACUUUCCAAGUUGGGACAAGAAGUGAUUUGUAAUCCAUCAGUAGGACUUCUUUGCUUGAACAAAAACCAGGCAAACAAACAAGAGUGUUUCAAUUAUGAAAUCAGAGUAAGCUGCUGUUUACCAUGUGAACCUGUCAUAAUACCUACAACUCAAUCAUCGACAACAGCUCCCUCUACACCUACAACCUCAACAUCAACAACAACCUCCACAACAGCUCCAACCACUGAAACACCCUCAACACCUGUAUCCAUGACAUUGCCAAUUACAACAACUACAUCAAGUACAAGUACUGCACCCACCCCAGCACCCUGUACCUGUGAGUGGUCUGGCUGGAUUGACCUGGGACCACCUACACCUGGCCCUGAUGGAGGAGACUCUAGUACGCUGCUGCGGACCAUGCACAACCACUACCACACCUACAAGUACAUCAACUCCCUCUACACCUACAACUCCAACAUCAACAACAACCUCCACAACAGCUACAACCACUGA